AUGGCCGAGCAGACCCCGCCACCACUUCGCCCUCAAACUACAACACUCCAAGACCAAACAAAAUUAGAGGCCUUCCAAACCCUCCUCUUCAUCAAGGAGGAACAUCAUCCCGCCUUCGAGGCCCUAGCGACCCUCAUUCUCCUCGACGCAGCCUCCUUUCAGGACACGCCCGCCCCUCAUCGCCUGACGGCAAGCUUCCUCCAAAAAUACGGCGCGGUGCUCUGGCAAGAUCUUCCUGCUCAACGCAAUCAUCUCGAGCGCGCGCUUGGAGAAGCUUGCUAUCAGCUCUAUUGGGAUGUCACCGACGGCAGCUCUCCCGUAGCAGUCAAUGGACCCAUAUUCACGGUUCAUGCGAGAACGCCAGAGCCCAAUUCCGCAGUUCAGAUGCCGCAACGCCCACUCGAGAAUCAUAACAGAUUGACGGAGUUACUGUGGAAGUACUUUGAGCAUUCGAUGAAGAUGGGCCGACAGGGACGAUUGGAGGGGAGAUAUGCGUUGACAGAGGCGGAUUUGCUGGGGAGCAUUACAGGAAAUAUCGCGUUGAUGGAUUCCCCGGCGCUUGACGAGYGGGAGGAUGGUCAAGGGUCCUCGUAA